GUCACGUGAGCGGCGGCGGCGGCGGCGUCAGCUGAUCGCGGCGCGGCGGCGGCGGCGAUGGACUUUCUGCUGGGGAACCCCUUCAGCUCCCCCGUGGGGCAGCGCAUCGAGAGAGCUACCGAUGGGUCCCUACGGAGCGAGGACUGGGCUCUCAACAUGGAGAUCUGUGACAUCAUUAACGAGACUGAAGAAGGGCCCAAAGAUGCCUUCCGAGCCAUUAAGAAGAGAAUUGUAGGGAACAAGAACUUCCAUGAAGUUAUGCUGGCUUUGACGGUCCUGGAGACAUGUGUCAAAAACUGCGGCCAUCGCUUCCAUGUCCUUGUGUCCAGCCAGGAUUUUGUAGAAGGUGUCCUGGUGAGAACAAUCCUGCCGAAGAACAACCCACCUGCCAUAGUGCACGACAAGGUGCUGACCCUCAUACAGUCCUGGGCAGAUGCCUUCCGUAGCUCACCAGACUUGACUGGUGUUGUUGCUGUCUAUGAAGACCUGAGACGGAAGGGCCUAGAGUUCCCCAUGACUGAUCUGGACAUGCUGUCACCCAUCCACACACCACAGAGGACUGUGUAUAGCACUGACUCCCAAUCCGGACAGAACUCACCUGCAGUCAACUCCCCUCAGCAGAUAGAGUCCAUCCUCCACCCUGUCACCUUGCCCACUGGAAGAGGCUCAUCCAGUGACGCACCCAUCACACCCACACCAGAGCAGAUCGGGAAGCUGCGCAGUGAGCUGGAAGUGGUGAAUGGGAACACAAAGGUCAUGUCAGAGAUGCUGACGGAGCUGGUGCCAUCCCAGGCUGAGCCUUCUGACCUGGAGCUGCUGCAAGAGCUGAAUCGGACAUGCAGAGCCAUGCAGCAGCGUGUACUGGAGCUGAUUCCCCGUGUCCUCCAUGAGCAACUCACUGAGGAGCUGCUUCUCAUCAAUGACAACCUCAAUAACGUGUUUCUGCGACAUGAAAGGUUUGAGCGCCUCCGGACAGGACAGCCUGUCAAGGCACCAAAUGAGACAGAGAACAGCCUGAUUGAUCUGGGACCCAGUACUCCUUCUGCAUUAAAACAGGCUGAAGUCACCAACAACCUUUCCUCUCAGCUGGCUGGAAUGAACCUGGGCUCGAGCAGCGUAAGUGCGGGGCUGCACUCCCUCGACACCUCUGGCAAGCUGGAAGAAGACUUUGACAUGUUUGCCCUGACCCGUGGCAGCUCGCUGGCUGAGCAGCGCCGAGGGUGAGUGCAGCAGCCCACUCU